AUGACUGCCAGCGAAAUGUUUAUAAUACCGCUGCUGAUAUUGGCUAGUCUGUCGUUCGUUCUAUCGGGUUUUGAAGAAGAUAUAUUGAACGAUCACAACAAAUAUCGCAAAUUACAUGGAGUCCCUCCUCUGAAGCUGAAUGGAAACAUUACUAGGUUUGCGGCUGAGUGGGCAGAGAAAUUGGCUGUGGAAGGCAUAUUCAAGCAUAGUACAAGUAGCUUAGGAGAGAAUUUAUUUUCUACAACUGCCCCGAAAUUUGAUUGUGUGGGCUCCUGGUAUAGAGAGGGCAAGGAUUACGAUUUCAAGAAUCACACAAAUCCCAAAAAAUUCGAACGCUUUACCCAAGUUAUUUGGAAAAGUACGGCCAGCCUAGGAGUUGGAAAAUAUACACAGAAGAAAAGAACAGUGGUAGUUGUUAAUUAUGCACCUGCUGGUAAUGAAAAGGGCAAGUAUAAACAAAACGUAAUGCCCCUAAAGGCAAGUGGGUUAUAAACCAUGUGUUGAUUUAAUAGAUUUGAAUAGAUCGAAAUUA